CGGGCACUGGGUCUUCAUACCGGAGGAAGUGACGUUUCUGACGUCAUAUCCGUGAAGCCGCCAGAGUUGCGUGAGCGCCUUCCGGGAAGUGUGUUGUGUAGAGUGCGGCUUUCACGGGGCCGUGUGUACACGGAGUGAUCAGGAUGAGGCGCAGUAAAGUGGACCUACAGAAAUACAUCGACAAUGUCCAGAGCAGCGUCUCCUCUCCUCGGGAGAAAGCCAUGAAAGGAUUCCUCAUUGCCAAGUUGUACUAUGAAGCUAAAGAAUAUGAUCUUGCUAAGAGAUGUGUAUCGUCCUACAUUGAUGUGCAAGCAAGGGAUCCAAAAGCUCACAGGUUUCUUGGUCACCUUUUUGAGUUUGAAGGAAAUGUUGAUAAAGCUGUUGGCUGCUACAAGCGUUCGUUGGAACUAAACCCUACACAGAAGGAUCUUGUCCUUAAGAUUGCUGAAUUGAUCUGCACUAGUGAUGUCAAAGAUGGUAGAGCAGAAUACUGGGUGGAAAAAGCAGCCAAGCUUUUCCCCGGAAGUCCUGUUACCUACAGGCUAAAAGAGCAGCUCUUGGACAAUCAAGGUGAAGCAGGCUGGAAUCAGUUGUUCGAUUUAAUCCAGUCGGAGCUGUUUGCAAGGCCCAAUGAUGUUUUUGUCAAUAUUAGACUUGUGGAGUUAUUUCGGUCCAGUAAAAGACUGGAUGAAGCUGUGAUCCACUGUUUAAAGCCAGAGAGAAGAGCUUUACACACUCACCUAGAAUGGUGCUCUUGUGUUGUGCAAGUUUUAAAGGAAUAUUUAUCCUCUCAUACCGCUUCAACUAAAAGCAAUUGGAGAACAAUUAACAAGGAAUUAUUGCUUGCACUUGCAGACCUUGUUGUUGUAACACUUUCUGCCAGAGAUGUGCAGGAAAGCAAACAAGCACUUAAAAGUUUUGAUCAAGCACUCCUGUCAAUGAAGCCCUAUGCAGAUGGCACAGACGAACUGUCAACUACAUUCACUGAAAUGCGAGGUCAUUACUACAUGCAUACUGGAACUCAGUUACUGAAAAUGGCUCAGCACAAUGAAGUUCAGUGGAAGGCAUCAUUGGAACCAGCUGCACUCUGUUAUCUUCUUGCUUUCCAGGUGCCAUGGAAAAAAUCAGCUAAAGCAGAGGAAAAUUCACAAAGCAUUCUUGAAGGGUUGGCGUGUGAUCGACAAAGUCAAUCAGGACACUUGCUGCUGAGUCUGAGCCAUGGCAAGGAUAAUUUUCUCAAAGACGUCACGGAAACAUUCGCUAACAUAAAGGGCCAAAGUAGUUUGAUGCAAAUGGUGUUUGAAAAUGACCUGUCAUUGGAUGCAUCUUUUUUGGGUACAGAUGACAUAAGCAACAUAAGCUGUCAAAUUCCAGAUCUGAAUGAACUACAUAGAUAUGACCAUGGUGCCAUUCGCGUACACAAUGGUGAUUUGCAGCAUUUAACCUGGCUUGGUCUGCAGUGGCACUUCAUGUUUUCAUUGCCGAACCUUCGCAAGUGGCUUAAGCAGCUUUUCCCUCGGCUACCUCAGGAAACGUCAAAGCUUGAAUCCUAUAAUCCGGAAUCUAUAUGCAGUCUUGAUCUGGAGGUAUUUUUACUAGCAGUUAUAUACACAAGUCACCUUCAAUUGCAAAACAGUUCUACAUCAAAUGACCGCCAUCAGCCUCGUUGCUUACCUAUGCCGAUCUGCAAGCAGCUAUUUACAGAUAAACAGAGAUUGUGGUGGGAUGCGGUCUACAGUCUCAUUCAUAAAACAGCCCAGCCUGGUUCUUCAGCUAAACUUCGGCUUGUGAUUCAGCAUGGGCUUAACACACUACGAGCCUUGGAAAAGCAUGGUCUGCAGCCUGCCCUUCUCAUACACUGGGCAAGGGGUCUCAGCACUACUGGGAACAGUUUGAAUUCCUUCUAUGAUCAGAGGGAUUAUUUAGUCCGAUGCAUCCACUACUGGAAGAAAUUAUUGCCACUGAUGGAUGUGAUCAGACAGAAGAGGAGCAUACCUGAACCAGUUGACCCACUCUUCAAACAUUUCCACAGCAAAGAUAUUAAGUUGUCUGAUGUAAGAGAUCUUGAAGAUGAAGCAGGCAUUGCAUUUGCCAAAAUGGAUAUUUUGGAUGGAAAGCAUGAUGAUGCCAUACUAGCUUUUGAAGCCAUUAAGAGUGUUGAAUCGUACUGGAAUCUUGCAUUGAUAUACCAGAGAAAAGGAGAAGAUAUUGAGAAUGAUAUGUCCUCUGAAGAGCAGGAGGAAUAUCGGAAUUGUAUGCAGAAAUACAAGUCAUAUCUUAUCAAGAUUCUUGAUGAGAUUACUGCAGAUCCAUCCCUGGCAGCAAAGUUGCCAGUGCCUGUUGAAUCUGUUGAAGAGAUUUUGGAUGAAGUAAGAAGAAAUCUUAAUGAAGCACCUGAAAGUCGAAGCCCAAACUUCAGAGAUACGCAAUCCUUUAUGGCUGCUUCUGGCAUAAAGCAUUCUACACCAUCCCCAUCCAAGUUUUCUCGGUCACCCAGUAAAACACCAAAGUCUUCUUCAAAGACACCACCUCGUUGGGCUGAAGAUCAAAAAACUCUGAUUGAGGAGCUUGUGCAACAAGUUGAAGCCUUGAAGAAAGAAGUACAUGAACUAAGAAUGAAUAAUUCAAAUGCCAAUAUGUCUUCCCAACGGUGGUCAGCUGAAGGAUUUGCUUCCGAAACAACAACUGAUGGAUACCAUUUACCCCAGGGCUAUUAUGAUGUUCCUUUGACAGUUUCUACAACAGCACACCCAUCAUACUAUGUGCAAUCUCCAGUUUACAAUCCCCAGCAACUACUUAGACCUGUGGCAAAUGUGACUCCAACUAAGACAUCUGUUUAUCCAGGGACCAGAAUGGCAACUCAGCAGCACAUGUAUGCUAUGCAUACGCCACCAGUUCCUAAUUCUGCAAUAUGUGGCCAUGCCCUUCGCUUUGAAUCGCCUGCAACAAAUAUUUUGUCUCCCCAAACUGAUGAAUACUACAACUACAACUUGCCACAAAACACUGCAACUCCCACGCUUCCUGAGCCAGGGUAUUUCACAAAGGCUGCUCUGGGCACUCAACCAGCCAAAGGAGAUUUUGGAAAGAACAGCUUUGUUCAACCAAUACAAAGUGAGGGUCCCAAACCUUCUCCAUUUACAACACCUUUACAGUCAACUCCUACGUUUAAAUUUAAUUCAAACUUCAAAUCAAAUGAUGGAGACUUUACAUUUUCCUCUAAUCAAGGUGGAACACCAGCUACUAAUGGUAGUGAAUGUUUGCUGCGGCUCCUGACAUCUGAUAAACCCGUAAGUGAUCAGGGAAUACAAUCCACGCCUUAUGAGACCAACACUGAUUCAAGGAACAUGUUUAGGUUUGGUGAGAAGAAUUUUUUGAAUAACCUCCCAGAGGGAUCAAAUCAAACACAAGAAAAUAGUGCAACAUUUGGCCAAGGUGAUAACAUAUUUAGUUUCCAAAGUUCUGCUAAGUCAACUUAUGGCCAUCCAACAAAAGACCACAAUAAAAGUCAUGAAUCUGAUGUAGGAAGUGAAUAUGUAGCAGAAGAUGGACCUCAUUUUGAACCUGUAGUGCCAUUACCAGAGAAGAUUGAAGUGAAAACUGGUGAGGAAGAUGAAGAGGAGAUGUUCUGCAACAGAGCAAAACUUUUCCGUUUUGACACAGACACAAGAGAAUGGAAGGAAAGAGGUGUAGGAAAUGUUAAGAUCCUAAGACAUCGUGUGUCUGGUAAGAUACGCCUGCUUAUGAGAAGAGAGCAAGUGCUGAAGAUUUGUGCAAACCAUUUAAUAAUUCCAGAUAUGAAACUGAAACCACUUGCCUCAUCUGACAAAUCUUAUGUGUGGCACGCCUAUGAUUAUGCUGAUGAAAUGCCCAAAUCGGAGCAACUUGCAAUUCGCUUUAAGACUGCUGAAGAGGCUAAACUUUUUAAAGAAAAAUUUGAAAAAGCCCAAAAAUUACUGCAAACUACAGAUGGCAGCAUUGAUGCUCCAAAACCUAAAGUUGAAAAGGAAUCUAUAAAGGCAGGUUUUGCGGCCCCACAAAGUUUUUCCUUUGGAUCUCAAGUUAGCUCUUCAGCACAAGAUACAAAAACCGCAAACCCUGGAAAAAGUUCUCUAAACAUGUCAGCUUCUGCUUUCACGUUUAGUAAAGAUACUUUAACAAGCAAGACCCUCUCUGCAGAGCACCCAAUAAGGAGCAAAGACCAGUGGGCCUGCAGUAAGUGUUCCACUAUGAAUGACACUGCAAACAAACAGUGUGUUCGUUGUCACCCUUCAGAUCAGAGCAGUAGUGGGUUCGCAAUCCCUCAAAGUGUCACAGGUUUUAAGAAUACUGCAGUUUCACAGGGUGCUUCAUUAGGGUCAGCCUUUGUGAAGAAAGCAGGGCAGUGGGAUUGUGAUGUAUGCUUAAUAAGGAAUGAGCCAUCUGCAACAAAGUGUGCUGCAUGCCAAGCUCCGAAUCCUGCCAGUGCACAGACCACAGCAACAUCUGCAUCAUCUUUCAAGUUUGUUGCUCCUGAAAGUAAUUCACAAAAAGAUUUUGGGGGUUUGUUUGCAAAGAAGGAAGGACAAUGGGACUGCAGUACUUGUUUGGUUAGGAAUGAAGCCAAUGUUUCAAAAUGUGCUUCUUGUCAAACAACCGAGGUAAAGCCAGCCUUUACAGCAACAUCUGCAUCAUCUUUCAAGUUUGUUGCUCCUGAAAUUAAUUCACAAAAAGAUUUUGGGGGUUUAUUUGCAAAGAAGGAAGGAUCAUGGGACUGUAGUACUUGUUUGGUUAGGAAUGAAGCCAAUGUUUCAAAAUGUGUUGCUUGUGAAAGCCCAAAACCACAAAGCAAUGCAACUGGUCCUCCAGCGCAGACAUCUGGGUUUACUUCCAGCAAGAGUCAGAAUGAAAGCUUGGGAACCAUGUUUUCACGAAAGGAGGGACAGUGGGAUUGCACUGUGUGUUUAGUCAGAAAUGAAGCUUCAGCAGCCACAUGUGUUGCCUGCCAGUCUGCUAACCCCAAUGCAAAAAGUGACACUGCAACAACUGAGGUAAAGCCAGCCUUUACAUUUGGGAUUAAAGCAGGUUCUGAAUCCUUUGGGCCACCUUCCACUGGGUUUAAAUCCAACUUCACUGGCAAAGACUUUAAGUUUGGUACAGCAGAUGAUGAUAAAUCAUCCUUCGGUUUCAAACCAAGUGCAAAUGAAGAUACUAAACCUUCCAAAGAGGGAUUCAGCUUUACAAUGCCUUUCAGCUCUACUUCUUUUACAUUUGGCACUGGUGAGGGAAAUGCAUUUGAACAGGUGAAAGAAGCUGCUCCACUUUUGAAGGCUGCUUUGGGUGAUAACAUAGAUGUUCCAUCAGCUGAAACUGGGGAGCAGUAUGAGGAAAAUAAGCAAAAACAAAGUGGUGAGAUGUUUGAAAACACUGCUAACAGCUUUUCUUUUGCUGAUCUAGCCAUAUCUUCUUCAGAAGGGUUUGCUUUUGGUAGAAAAGACCCUUAUUUUAAAGGAUUUUCUGGUGCUGGUGAAAAACUGUUUGUAUCUAAAAGUGAUAAAGUUGACCCAGCAAACACCCCUGCGGAGCAAGAGGUUACAGAAGAGCUUUACAAGACAGAGGAUCGUGACGAUAUCCAUUUUGAGCCUGUUGUGCAGCUUCCUGAUAAAGUAGAAAUAGUGACAGGGGAAGAAGAUGAGAAAAUACUUUAUUCUCAGAGAGUGAAAUUAUAUCGGUUUGAUCCAGACAGCAGCCAGUGGAAAGAGCGUGGAGUUGGCAUGUUCAAGAUUCUUAAAAAUGAAGUAAAUGGGAAGCUACGAAUUCUUAUGAGACGAGAACAAGUGCUGAAAGUAUGUGCAAACCACUGGAUCACAACCACCAUGCACCUAAAACGAUUGUCUGGCUCUGACCGUGCCUGGAUAUGGAUGGCUAAUGACUUUUCCGAUGGGGAUGCAAAAUUACAACAGUUAGCAGCAAAGUUUAAAACACCAGAACAAGCUGAUGACUUUAAAAGCAAAUUUGAAGAGUGCCAGCGCCUGUUGUUGGAUAUACCUCUGCAGACACCCCAUAAGCUCGUAGAUACAGGGAGGACUGCACACUUAAUCAAGAAAGCAGAAGAAAUGAAAACUGGUCUUAAAGAUCUGAAAACCUUUUUAACGGAUAAGAGUAAACCCGCUGAAGGGGAUUCAAAUCUUAGGGUUUCUGAAAGUCUCUUAAAGAAAACCUCUGAAUGCACUGAACCCAGUUAUGAGUGGGAUACAUAUGACAUGCGGCCUGGUUCUCUGGAUGGCAAUUUGGAUGAUUCCAUAUAUGCAUCUCCUCUAGAAAAUAGUCCUGAAAAAGGUGAUCUUUUUAGAUUUGGAGAAUCUACUGUAGGCUUUAACUUUAGCUUUCAGCCUGCACCAAGUCCAGCAAAGUCACCAACAAAAUUAAACCAAAGCAGAACUUCUGUAGGUACUGAUGAGGAAUCCGAUGUGACACAGGAGGAAGAACGUGAUGGUCAGUACUUUGAGCCUGUUGUGCCUUUGCCGGAUCUUAUUGAAAUCACCAGCGGAGAAGAAAAUGAGCAGACACUUUUCUGCCACAGAGCUAAGCUUUACAGGUUUGAUAAAGAUAUUAAUCAGUGGAAAGAGCGGGGUAUUGGUGACCUAAAGAUUUUACAGAACUAUGACAACAAAUCAGCUCGAAUAGUAAUGAGAAGAGAUCAAGUGUUAAAAUUGUGCGCUAACCAACGUGUCACACCAGACAUACACCUGGAGCCAAUGAAAGGGGCUGAGAGAGCAUGGGUGUGGACUGCACACGACUUUGCUGAAGGUGAAGGCAAAAUAGAAUUAUUUGCUGUGCGUUUUAAACAUCAGGAGGUUGCAGACCUGUUCAGGGAUGUCUAUGAAGAAGCCAAGUUUGCACAGUCAACAGACAGCUUGCUCCCCCCAUUUUCUGCACGUGUCACCACACCAAAGGCUUCACCAUGUGGAAAGGCUGCUGUGGCCAUUCUGGAAGAAACCACAAAGGAAAAAACUGAUUUCCCAGCUGUAACACCUGCUUCUGGGGCAGAAUUGGAUGCAGAAUCUGAUGCAGUAAGCUCAUCAGAAAAAUCGCCACCCAAAAAUGUGGUGUCUCCUCCCAAGUUUGUAUUUGGGUCUGAAGUAGUGAAAAAUAUCUUUGGCACAGAGAAGAAGGCUUUUACUUUUGGAAAUUCUUCUGGAGCCGGGACAUUGUUUGGUUUCAGUUUCAAUCCUUCAAAGACUCAAAAUUUGGAGGAAGACGAGCAGCCUCUUGAACCCACCCCAGGAAAUAAAGAAUCUAAGUCUUAUAGUAGUAUGAAAGGCACACCUGCUGUUCCCCAGAAGUCACUGGAACAGGAGGUUUUGCAAAACGCUUUAGUCUCCUCUUCAACAUCAACAUCCACACCGCCAUUGCAGAUACCAGCUAGAGCCAAGAGUAGUAGUUCUCUUGAAGCGGACAGCUCCUCUGACGUGUUUAUUGUGUACGAGUUGACUCCAACAGCAGAACAGAAAUCGCUAGCAAAUCAGCUGCUACUUCCUCCAACUUUCUUCUGCUACAAGAACCAGCCGGGCUAUGUCAGUGACGAAAAUGAUGUUGAUGAUGAGGACUUUGAGGCUGCUGUUAAGAAGCUAAAUGGGCAACUUUACGAAGAAGAUAAAAAAAGCAAAGCGGUGUAUACGUCAGCUUUAGGAGGAUGUAGCCCAGGGCAUCAGCAAACCAAGGACCGAGAGUGUGUAAUUGUCUGGGAAAAGACACCCACCCAAGCGGAAAAGUCCAAAGCUGAGAACUUGAAAUUGCCUCCAACCUUUUUCUGUGGAGUGGGCAGUGACACCGAUGAAGAGAAAGAGACUGCUGAAGACUACGAAUCAGCAGUUAAAAAAGUGUCUGAAGUAUCUAAGAAAACGGAAGAUAGUAAUGAAGCUGAUCUGAUCUCCAUUUCAUCCAUCACAAUUCGUGAAGCUCCAGACUCUACUACUGCAUCAGCCCAGGAGCCUGUAGACCUGUCCUCAAAGACUGAACCAAUAAAGUCUGACCCUAACAGCAAAGUAAUCAACUUUACUUUCGGCAUAGACAAUGAUCCUGGACUGUCAUUUGCUGACUUGACAACAGAUAAUGGGGAAUUUGCCUUUGGAUCUAAAGAUGUCAACUUUCAGUGGGAUAACACUGGUGCUGCCGUAUUCAGCUCUAUCGCUUCAAAUCGAAAGAGAGAAAAAGGAGGUGAUGGCGACGAUGAGGAGGUUCACAGUGAUGAUGUGCACUUUGAGCCCAUUGUGUCAUUGCCUGAGGUGGAGGUUAAGUCAGGAGAAGAAGAUGAGGAAAUACUUUUCAAAGAGAGGACAAAGCUGUAUCGCUGGGACAGAGAUGCCAAUCAGUGGAAGGAGCGAGGUGUAGGAGAAAUUAAAAUUCUCUUCCACCAGGAGAGAAAUUAUUACCGCAUAUUGAUGAGACGAGACCAAGUAUUAAAAGUGUGCGCAAACCACGUUAUCUCAAAAGAUAUGAAAUUAGCUCCUCUAAAUACAUCCCAAAAUUCGUUUGUUUGGAUAGCCAAUGAUUAUUCUGAUGGAGAAGGCAGUUUUGAGCAAUUUGCAGCCAGAUUCAAAACCCAGGAGCUGGCGGAUUCCUUCCAGAGAAAGUUUGAAGAAUGCCAAAAUAAUCUACAGCAAUCUGAAAGUUAAAUGAGAUGGUUAUUAACUAUUGUUAAUGAGUUUCUAGAACAAAUCAGGUUUUUCUCAUCUGUUUCUAACCUUUUCAUGUAAUCAGAUUUUAGUCCCUUACAGCUUCAUGGUUUUACUGUUGCUGUCUGGAGGCGUGAUGUUAUCAUUGCCACCAUUCAGAUAGGACACACUGCGGGAUCAAUUGUAUUGGGAUAUUAUUCAAUGUGUCAAACAUUAUAAGCAGUGGAGUAGUGGCAUGGUGCGUGGAAGGGAUGGCCUCUGUUUCUGCAUGGAUCAGUCCGAAUCAAAUGGAGAGUUUCCUAUGAAAUUGGGAAUCUUAAUCCGUACAGUAACAGUGAUUGAGUAUUUAGCUUGUCCAUGUUUGAGUGGGCCUUUGUUUGGUUUCACUUAUUCUCUAAACUUCUGUUAAACUAAGAGAGGCACUUUUCUUCUUCCUCCAGAAUACCUUCUAGUUCUGUUUCUCUCAACAGAAUAAAAUAAGUGACCGUACAUAGAUCUACAUUUGUGUAAAGAAAUUUUGUGCACUUGUAAGAACAUAAACUUAUUUUUUAAAUGUUAGUAUUGUAAAUAAAGUUGAGUGAAAAGUGUU